AUGUCGAAACAACAGGAUUACGACCAUGGCCCAGAGUUGGCACCUCAGCAUGCAUACCCCGAGGUGUACCACCCUCCUGCUCCGUCAGAUCCCACCUCACCGCAACCGAUUCCCAUCACGCCGAAGAGAGAGGAUUCGACAUAUGGUGCAUACACAGCAACGGCCGUCGACCCGUCCGUGUACGGCGGCACCGUAGACCACCGCUCGACAUACCACGCGCCGGCCGGGCAGCACGUCCCGCAAAGAAGCAGGAAAACCAUCUGCGGCUGCACAUUCCUCGUCUUCAUCCUGUCCAUCAUCAUCGCGGUUUUGGCAGCGGCUGUCAUCGGUCUGGCAGCAGGAACGGGCGUGGAAGCAAGCCGUGCGAACAACGCACUCGAUCAACUGGCGGCCCUCCAGGCCUCGGGCACUACACAGGCAUCCGCCACGGUGACAGUCACGGCGGCCAGCUCCUCGGCGACGGCGACGGGGUAUGCGUCCAUCACCAACAACUGUUCCAACCAGGACGAGACGACGACAGGUCAGAACUACACCACCGACUUCUUCAACAAGGUGACCUUCACCAUGUUCUGCAACACCAACGCGCCGAACGCUCCGCUGAUGUCGCUCUUUACCGCCAACUUCGACAACUGCAUGGACGCAUGCGCUUCCUUCACCUCGUCCGAGAAGGGCUUCAACGGCAACGCCACGUGUGAGGGCGUCAGCUUCAUCCCGCUGUGGACGACGAGAUCAGGUGCCGUCGCGGGCAAGGCGCCAGGAAACUGUUAUCUCAAGCCCGGGCCGCAGAACCGGACGUCGCUCGAGACGCCGAAUAUUGGUACCGAGUGCCAUGCCGCCAUCUUGAACUCUUCAUGA